AAUGCCUUCAAAGACCCAGGACACCCUACAAGUAGUCCACAGAGAACGUGAGGAGAGAGAUGGCAAUAAUCACAUUAACCUGCAACUCCAAGGUCUCUCUAUUUCAGCCUUUUUCUUCCAAUGCUGCUUCCUUUGGUACCAGUAGCUCACACUCUCGUGUACGGAGCGUGGCUGGUGCAUCCUUCAAUGGAAGGCCUGAAGACAGGGCCACAAGAGCCGUGGUCCGGGCACAGCAGCGGCCAACGUGGCUCCCAGGGCUAGACCCUCCUCCUUAUCUUGAUGGAACUUUGGCUGGGGACUUUGGGUUCGAUCCACUGGGGCUUGGGGAAGAUCCAGAGAGCUUGAGGUGGUAUGUACAGGCUGAGCUGGUUCAUGCUCGCUUUGCCAUGGCAGGCGUCGCUGGAAUUCUCUUCACUGAUUUACUUCGUGUAACAGGAAUAAGAGACCUACCUGUUUGGUAUGAAGCAGGAGCAGCUAAAUACGAAAUCGCCAAUGCACAGACACUGUUCAUCAUCCAACUGAUUCUCAUGGGAUAUGCUGAAACUAAAAGAUACAUGGAUUACGUUAGCCCUGGGUCUCAAGGUCAGGAGGGAUCCUUCUUCUUUGGAAUGGAAGCAGCACUAGAGGGCUUAGAACCUGGGUAUCCUGGUGGCCCUCUGUUGAAUCCUCUUGGCCUGGCUAGAGAUACCAAGGAUGCUCGUGACCGGAAGCUUAAAGAGAUUAAGAAUGGAAGGUUGGCUAUGGUGGCCAUGCUUGGCAUCUUCGUGCAGGCCUCUGUGACCCAUGCAGGACCCAUUGACAACCUUGUGGAGCACCUCUCUGAUCCAUGGCACCGAACCAUCAUUCAGACCCUUGCUAAUUCCUCUUCUUAGACAUCUAUCUGUAAUCCGUUGUUGCCAUAUUUUGACAGCCAUUAACAUCGACCAGACAUUUAAAUUCAGUUCAUGUUUAUUUGAUGGGGUUCGUUGUUUUGCAGCAGUCUGUAAUAAAUGUAAUCUGCAAAUACCAGGCUGUAUGAUCCUAAAAAAGUAUUUGAUGGAAUGUUUAUCAUCGAUAUUGCAA